UCUACUAUCGUUGCAUUUCUCGCACUAGGUAUCAAGAACAUGGCACCCCAUGGCAUUGUCAUUUGUGUGUUCCAAUGGAAGAAUAUUGUCACGAGGCGAAAAAAGAGGUAAGUUCUAGUAGAUACUGUAAAGUGAAAGAAAGCGAAAUUACUUGACGACUUCACAGAAAAAAAUAUUUUAUUCCUUCUCAAGAAGUCUUUGCGACUUAUCCACUUGGCCAUUGAGCUUCCUAAUGAAGUGUUUGAUAUAAAACAUGUGAUAUUUCUUUAUCUAUUUUACAACUUUCUUUCGUAGCUGGGCGAUGCUUAUGUCAAUAGUGUUUGCACUAAAUAUCAGAAAACUUUACAAAAAUAUAACGUGUAUAAACAAAAACUAGUCACAACUGCGACAAAUUUGCAAAGCAUUUCAUUCAAUGUAAAUGCUUAUGAGAAAAAUGGUUUUGGUCUUGUAUGGAUGACGCCUGAUGCACGUAUUGGCGUCUACAGUCAAAAGCCACAGAAAUUACGUUUACUUUACGACUUUAUGGUCGAUGUUAAAGAACAGAUGGAAAAAGAUCUAUUAUCAAAAGAUAAAUCAUUCAGAAAUUUUGGUUGUCAUUUCUGUCUCUUUGUAAGUGCUGAGAAUCAAGCGCAUACAACACCUCGCGCAUCUGAGGUGUUGAAUGAGACAGGGACAGAUGUGAAAACUACAGAACUAGUUGGCUAUAUUCAAAUGGAUGAUCAACAAUAUUAUUGGUUAUUACCAGAUGAAAACCACCGACAAACGUGGUUCAAUGAUUUCAAACGACAUGAUUUUAUUGUUACAACUUAA